CUAAAAUUUACAUUGAAAUGACUUUUUUAUUUUUCAUGACAAAUCAUUCAAAAUUUCAAUUCUCAAAUCAAAAUCUCAAAUUUAGUGAGGGAAGAAAGGGGGCAUUUUACACCUAUUUUAUUAAUAUUGUUUGCUGAAAUGGCCACAUAAAUUACAUCAAGAAAUGCCAAUAAAAUAAUUAGGAUAUUCCUGUAUUUUAAAUUUCCUUAAUGGACACAGGCCUUCUCUCCCCGAUAGACUCUGGUAGAUCUCGGAAAUCAAAACAUGAAGUUACUCUUUUAAUUGAGCAACUUGGAGGUGUGGCUACUCACAGGAAAAUGAUCCGAAGAUGGAAUCAGCUCUCACGACUACAAAGAUCUCUAGUAUAUGCAGUGAUAAUAAUUGCAAUCACAGUUAUUGUGCUGGUAUACUCCUCAAACAACCAAAGUAAUGAAGAUGCUAAAGAGGCACGGGCUAGCAAACUUAUUCAGAAACUCACAAAAAAUACAUCACUAAUCCAUGAGCCUGUUAAAAAUAAACAACUGAAGAAGUCCGCAGAAGAAAACAAGAAAGAUGAAUCUGAGUUUGAAUUACCUACCUUUUCAGGGCCAGCCAACAACCGGCAGCAAGCAGUGGUGUCCAGUUUCCAGCAUGCAUGGAAGGGUUACAAGGAGUAUGCAUGGGGCUACGAUAACUUGAAGCCCGUGAGCAAAGGAGCUUCCAACUGGUUCUCCCUUGGUCUGACUAUUGUGGAUGCCCUGGAUACCGCUUUUAUCAUGGGCCUGAGUGAUGAAUAUGAAGAGGGUAAACAGUGGGUGGAAGAUAACCUUCAUUUCACUCGGAACAAGGAUGUGAAUUUCUUCGAAGUGACCAUCAGGGUUUUAGGAGCGUUACUAACAAAUUACCAUUUUACUCAGGAUAAAAUGUUCUUGGCAAAAGCGGAGGACCUGGGCAAGCGUCUGAUGGCGGCGUUCUCGUCUCCCUCGGGCAUCCCGUACUCGGACGUGAGCCUCGGCGCGCAGACCGCGCACGCGCCGGAGUGGUCGCACUACAGCUCCACCGCCGAGGUCACCACCGUGCAGCUCGAGUUCAGGGAGCUGUCGCGGGUCACUGGGAACCCAGCGUUUGAGGACGCGGCGUCAGCAGUCUCGGAGAAGAUCCACCAGUUGCCCAAGAAGCACGGGCUGGUUCCCAUCUUCAUCAACCCCAACACGGGCCAGUUCCUGCCGCACGCCACCAUCACGCUCGGGGCUCGGGGGGACAGCUACUACGAGUAUCUGCUCAAACAGUGGAUCCAGACCGGGAAGACUAUCAACUACCUUCUGGAUGACUACAUGACGGCGAUGGAAGGGGUCAGAGAUUUCUUAGCAAAGCGAUCUUCUCCGAAUAAAUACUUGUUUAUCGGAGAACUAUCAUCUGGCUCAGAAGCAUUCAACCCGAAAAUGGACCAUCUGACGUGUUUCCUUCCCGGCACCCUCGCUCUGGGCUACGCCAACGGCAUGCCCGAGUGGCACAUGACCAUGGCCGAGGAACUUCUCUACACCUGCUACUUGACUUAUGCGGCGCACCCCACGUUCCUAGCCCCAGAGAUUACACACUUCAAUAUGGCGAGCACGACAUCAGACAUGUAUACGAAGAACGCUGAUGCGCACAACCUGCUGCGGCCCGAGUUCGUGGAGAGCCUCUGGUACAUGUACCAGAUCACCGGCAACACGACUUACCAGGACUGGGGCUGGCACAUCUAUCAGGCGUUCGAGAUGCAUGCGAAAGUGCCGCAUGGCUACACAUCUCUGUCCAACGUGCGCGCGACCGACCCUAAAACUCCCCCCCGGGACAUGAUGGAAUCCUUCUUCCUCUCGGAGACACUCAAGUACUUCUACCUGCUCUUCAGCGAGGACCGGUUCCUGCUCGACCUGAGAAAAUACGUCGUCAACACAGAGGCUCACCCGCUACCCAUUCGAAGCAAUUGAGCAAUUAGGUUAGGUAGGUAGAGUCAAUUUUACACUUUCCAAAGGAAAUUUGAAUGUUUAGGCUGAACUUGUGUUAGUAUAUUAAAUUAUUUAUCUGCAUUCAAUGUGGUCAUUGAAGAGACUUAGUAUGUGAGGAUAUUAUAGUAAUUCUCAGAGGUAACAAGAGUGAAAAUGGUUGUUCUUUCCUCGAAAUUGUUUAGUUAAAUAAUAUCUAUGUCAAUAGCUAAGUAGCGGUUUUUAAUAAUUUUAAUUAUUGUUAUAAUUUGUUAUUUAUAUUUUGUCAUAUAAUUUUUGUAUGUCUAUGAAAUUUAUAUAAUAAUACAAUUAUGCGUCAUAUUGUAAGUAGGUAAUCUGACUAGUUAAUCACGUUAUUUUAGAUUCAGCAGUGAUAUUUUAAUUGAUGUUUCUAAUAUUUUACUGACACUAGAGUCAGCGGGAUCAAUGAAUGGAUUGGGCAAUUCCAUGGAAAAGCAGAUUGCUUUAUCUUAAGUUAUAAUUUGUGGCAUACAACGUGUCACGACCAUGCCAUCAAUGCCUCUAAUGGUACACUAUAGAGUAGUGGUUAGCAUCAAGGCGUUGCUGUGUAGAUUAAGUUUUAGGAGGGAUUCAAUGGUAUUGCAAUUUUAUGGCGUAUAUGCCGCCCCCUGGCUGUGUAGGUAGAUGCGAUUGUAAAGGCUACAUAGCGUUAUAUCGGAACUGACGCCGGAAAAUGAUUACACAAAUGGUGGUAAGGCGGCUUUUUACACAAGUUCGGUUUUACUAAUUGUAAAUAUUUUUUAACUCUCACAGUAAUACAAUCAUUACAAUUUUAAAUUUCAUAUUAAUCUUUUAUCUAAUAUUUAAAUUGUUUUUCUUUUAAUAUUUAAAUGUAUUGACUGAAGAAAUCUUAAAUCAUAGUUACCAAAACUAGUUUAUAUCAUUAAAAGCUUUUAUUGAAGAAAAAUUAUCGAUAUAAAAUAUGUAAGUACAUAGGUAAUUUGUUUUUAUGUCGAAAUUAUUUGUGUACACGUAUAAUAAGCUAAAUGCUAUCAAAAUGUAACUGAAUAAUUUAUAUUUAAUGUCUUCUUAUUACUAUAUUAUACUUUUUAUUAGUAAACUUAGUUUCUGGUCAAAACCUAAUGUCUCGUGUCCAGUUGAUUAUAUAAAUAUUAUUUAGUAAUGUAACACCGUGAAAUAAAUAAAAUGGACCUUCUAACCUAGAUUGUGGCGCGUUUCCAGCAAAUAUGUGUGGAGCGAGGAAUACGUUAAUUAUGGGAUUGAUCCAGCACAGGCUUAUCACCAUCACAAAAACUCUAUAUUAUCUAUUAUUAUUGCAUAUAGGACAUGUGUAACGCUUUUUUAUAUCACAGUAGUCAUUUAUGUUCCCUAGGCAUUCGUUUUAUUCAAUAUGUAUUAUGCUUAUUAUUAUUUUAUUCAAAAUAUCUACGUACAAUUUAAGACUGCUAUACUGUAAUACUUUUCGUAAAUCAUUGAACUAUUUUAUCGAUGUAUUUAAUCUAACUUGUCUUUGCACUUGCUAUUAGUUUUUUUUAUAAAAUGUAGGUAAUACAUAUUUAUAACGUAGGUACGGAUGAAUAAGUAGGUAAAUCCUUUGAUUAAAAUGUUGUGCACUUUCUUAAAACAUCACAUUUUCUUAUACCGAUGAGUAUUUCUGCAAUUUAUAAGUAAAUUUAUUUAGUAGAUGAAACUGUUGCAUUACAAUUUGAUAAUAUUAUUGAUACAUAUUGGUUUUUUUAUUCAUUGCUUUAUGGAGUUCAUUAUAUUUUUAACAAGUAUCAUGUGAUUAUUGAUUGAAUUUUACACUAUAAAUUUAUAACAAAUCUAAUUUAUCAAGCUAUGUGAUUUUUAUUAUUUAAUAUACUCACCAACUUAAAAAUUUUACAACUAUACUUACAGGGUGUUUUUUAUACUAUUCCUCUGACUUAGGGUAUUAUUCAUCUAAACUAAUAUUGUAGCUGUAUGUAUUGUGCGAAGUCAUGAAUAUACCUACAUAAUUAUAAAAUGUAUUCUGUAAGCGACUCGAACGCACUUUUACGAUGAAUGUUAAUGUGACAAAAUAAUGUGUUUAUCAAUUUCAUAGUAUUUAUUCCACCUCUAAGUAAUACAUGUUAUACUUACUCGAUUUUAAAUCCCACUCAGAUUGUAGCUGUCCACAUUCUAAUUCGUAAAUUAACAUUAUAAGAAUUUAAAAGUACAUAAUUAAUUACCUAAAACAAAGUAGCUACAGCGUACUUAAACAUAAGGAAUUAGUGUAGGUAAUACAUAUUUUAUGAAAAGGACCGAUGCAGUAUUUAUCCAUCAAAGUGAAAAAAGUACGAAUAAAAUUGGUACGAGGUGUUAAGUGUUUGCUAAUGAAUGAUAACUAUCACAUUAAUAUUAUGUUGAGUAUUUCAAUAAAAAAUCUAAUUGCA